CCGUGCUGAGGCGUAACAUUUUGAAAGGUUGUGUUCAGUAGAUAGACCCAGAGAGCGGGGAUGAGUUAGUUUUGGAGGUUUGACGGGAUAAAUCUCCGUUUUGAAGUGGGAAAUAGAACAGCUGAUACGGUUUUUUACCCUCGGAGGAAUCGUUGGAGUACACAAAGACCAGCAAGACACCGUUCAACUCCUACCUCCAGUGCAAAAGUCCAUGUGGGCUAGGCACCCCUUUUGGUGCAGGACACGUUGACAAAUAAAGGACUACUACUUCUACUACUACUACUACAGUUGAGAAAACCAUACAAGAGUUUGAUGCACGCUCUUCAUCCCACGUCAUUGUCAAGGCUCCUCCUACUGUGAAACUACAUGGUGCACUUUUGGAGAUGAGUUUACAGCCUACACUUCAUCCCAAAAAGAAAAAGGCUCCAUGGCAUAAAGCCCGUCCUCACAUUCAGCCGGUCCCUGCGGAGAAGCUACCGAGGAGCUGCUCUGACGCCCCGCUGCCAUUUUCCACAGCCUGAGGGGAACCAGGAAGCAGCCGGCAGGAGCCAUGCCUGCCCUGGCCACUGGAGCCGGCCACGAGCCAGGUCUGUACGAGCUGCUGGCCGCUCUGCCCUCUCAGCUGCAGCCGCAUGUCAGCCACCCCGAAGACAACACCUUCCUCCAGGACAUGUUUGGGGAGAGGGGCCUGCAGUCACUGGUCAAGAUCCAUGAAUGGCUGCAGAAGUAUGAAGACAGCAAACCCAUACCAGUCCUGGACAACGCUGCAGCUUUGGCCCACAAUUUGUCUGUUGAGCUGGAGGGAAAAUCAACCAAUGAAGAUAUCAAAGAGCUUCUCCAAAUACUUGACAAACCCCACGUCAAGAGCCUUUUGUCGGUCCAUGACACUGUCGCCCAGAAGAGUUACGACCCAGAGCUACCUCCACUGCCUGAAGACCUCGAUGACGAUGAGGAUUCAGUGAAAAUCAUAAGACUCGUCAAAAAUAAGGAGCCUCUGGGAGCAACGAUAAGACGUGAUGAACACACAGGAGCAAUCCUCGUAGCCCGGAUCAUGAGAGGAGGAGCAGCCGACAGAAGCGGACUGAUUCAUGUGGGCGAUGAGCUGAAGGAGGUCAAUGGAAUCCCAGUGGAUGACAAGAAACCGGAGGAGAUCAUUCGAAUUCUGGCCCAGUCUCAAGGAGCCAUUACCUUUAAGGUUGUUCCAGGGGCCAAGGAGGAUGCACCGCCCAAGGAGCCGAAGGUGUUCGUGAAGGCACUCUUUGACUAUGACCCUAAGGAAGACAAAGCCAUCCCAUGCAAAGAGGCCGGACUGGCCUUCAAGAAGGGCUCUAUCCUUCAGAUCAUGAGCCAGGAUGAUGCAACCUGGUGGCAGGCCAAGCACGAGGGGGACACCAAUCCUCGCGCCGGCCUGAUCCCGUCCAAACAGUUCCAGGAGAGGAGAUUUGCACUGCCGCGACCCAUUGCCACCAUCCCGUCCCAGAAGCUCUCCAGACGAUCAUCUGGGUUCAGAAGAAGCUUCCGUCUCAGCAGGAGGGACAAGAAGACCAACAAGUCUAUGUAUGAGUGCAAGAAGAGCGAAAUGUACGACAUGGCUGAUGUGCCCACGUACGAGGAGGUGGCACCGUACCGCAGGCAGACGGGAGCGAAACACAGGCUGGUGGUCCUUGUAGGACCCACAGGUGUCGGCCUGAACGAGCUGAAAAGGAAACUGCUGAUUUCAGACCCCCAACACUUCAGUGUGACCAUCCCACACACAAGUCGGGCCAAGAGGAACCAGGAGAGCGACGGCGUGGAGUACCACUUCAUCUCCAAACACCUCUUUGAGACGGAUAUCCACAACAACAAGUUCAUCGAAUACGGCGAGUACAAAGGGAACUACUAUGGGACGAGUCUGGACUCGGUACGCUCCGUGCUGUCCAAGAACAAAGUGUGCCUAUUGGAUGUCCAGCCACAUACAUUAAAGCACCUCCGGACAGCAGAGUUUAAACCGUUUGUUGUGUUUGUGAAGCCUCCUUCCAUCGAGAGAUUGAGGGAGACCAGACAGAAUGCCAAAGUCAUUUCAGGCAAGGACGACAAGGGAACCGCCAAGCCAUUCUCGGAGGAGGACUUUCAGGAGAUGGUGAGAACAGCGCAGACGAUGGAGAGUCAGUACGGCCAUCUGUUUGAGAAAGUCAUAGUGAACGAUGACCUUUCGGCCGCCUUCGGAGAGCUCCGGCUGGCACUAAAAAAAGUGGAGAUGGAGACUCACUGGGUCCCAGUCAGCUGGACUCACUCCUGAGAUUAUAAAGGGAAGGGAUUUUACAAAAAAAAAAUGACAGUUUUUAUCUUUUUAUGUCUGCCGUGGCUGGUGUUGGGGGGAUAACGGGGAUAAAACAAGACAGCGCCAGUUGGCUCUGUCUCCAUACCUGACCUGCAAGGAGCGAGAGAACAUAAGCUUUAGCCUGGGAUCAGGUUGGAUUUCCACCUAAGCUGUGGUCUGGAUAUGGAUCUCCAAAGCUGACCAGAUCUGACAGAGCUGAGGCUAAAGGGGCCCGUCUAGAAUAUGAGCCUCGGACAGUGAUCCAGGGCUCAGACUGGGUCACACCACCACGACCACGAGUCAGACCUCUUUGGUCCAAACUAGAAUGCGGAACGAGCCUGGAUCAUCACAGCAGCAGCAGUCCUGCCAGCACAUCAGCGUUUGCGCCAACCAGGCCUCCAUCCUUAGUGUGUUUAUGACAUUAGACCAUUAGAAACCAAAGGGAUCGACAUAUUUCUUCAUUGUGGACAACUUACAUGCAUAUGUCUGUGGAGGGACAACCUCAGAGGGGGGAAAGAAAACAUAUUUGCCUUUUUACAAUCUUGCUAUAUUUCUUUGCUUUCAUGACUGUUAGUCCAAACCAAACAUAGUCAGGUGCAUCUCAAAAAAAGGGCAGUAGGUGUGAUUUUAUUUAAGAGAAAUUAAUAUAUUUUCUGAUAUCCUCCACUAGGUAUUCAUAUCUUGACUUUAUGAGCAACCUGAUCUCAAUUUUAGCCCAAUUUUGGCAGUUUUUUUUUUCACUGGAGGCAUCUCUUCUUUCAUUCAAGUGUUUUGAUUUAAUCUCCCAAGUCUGGUUUUUCCCCUAAACAGCACAGAGAGAGCCGUUUUAUUUAGGUGUUAUAUAUUCCAUUUUCAAAAGCCACUCUGCGUAUGAAGGUGCCCAGCAUAACAGCCCUGCCAUUGAAAGUCCCAGAACUGGACACUUUUGGCUGUCUGUGAGAAGAAAAUGUUCACAAUUGUGUUUUUAUUAGGGUGGAGUUUUUAUUUUUACUCACAUAAAAAAAUGGCUUCAGCUAAGGCUGCUAAUAGAGUCUACAGCUCACGUCCAGGUUUUUAACUCGAGAAGUCAUUCCUGGCUUUAUGAGAAUCACCAGUUUUAGUCUCCAACUCCCAAUCCAAUUUAGCAUUUUUUUUCUUAAGCCUUUAUCACAGAGGUAAUUUCACGUCCUAACAUGUUUGGUAAAAGCAGCAGAAAAUCAGUCCUUUCUGUGUUAUUAUCAGUAACAUAUUACAUAUCAAGCUAAAGAUGUGCAGUGAGCUUUGGCAGACAUGCAACUCCUGUGAGAUGUCUCACUGCAGCAGAUGGCAGAAGAACACUUAGGGCUUCUUCUGAGUAUUUGGGAGCCAUAAAAGCAACAGAAAGUCAAACAAUAAUAUCAGCUAAUUUAACACAAAUUGUCACGACUCUGUCUAAUGAUGUGAGUCACCUCGAGGGUGCUUACAAAGAGAAACUUGUGAUAAAGUAGGCGUUUCUUCAUUUCACAAGCACUCUUUCUGUUUUCAACAUCCCAUGCAGUUGAAUGUAACCAGUAAACAUGGUCGCAUUUUACACCAUUACACCUGUGUUUACUUCCAUUAUCAUUAGCCCAGUCAGUGCUUCUAUUGCAGAUAAGGUUUUACGAUGGAAUAUGCUUUAUUUAUGCUUUAUGCAUACAGCAGGGAAUUUGUUUUUGGCAUUAGCAUCUAGCUACACUGUAAAACUCAACAAUAGCUGAAACUGCUUACAUUUUUGUUGAAACUGAUUACAUCAAAGUUUUUAAGUAGUUGAAACAGAUUUAUUUUUAGUAAUCAUCUCUUGUAGAUUUUUUAUUUGACUUUUAUAAAUUAAACUGCACUGUGCAAACUUUCCUACACUUAAAAAUUCAGCUUAAAUCCAAUUAAAACAAUAUGUUUAAGUUAAGUUUCCCAGUUUUCCCUUUUUUUUAAGUGGUUUAACGUAAGGGACUAACAGUGACAAUAAAUAGGUGCACACUGAACCAUCAUGUUCAGUAAACCAUCCACAUGUCACUCCUCACAGGCAGGAUUUGUCUAAUUGAGUCGGUAACUUCACUCAUGGUGCAAAAGUGUCUAAUGCCCAAAGGCAUUCUGUUAAAACUUUGCAGAUUAAGAGAAGACUUUCAAAUAAUUUAAGUACAAUUACAAAAAAUACUCAAAAUAAUUGAGUUCUAACUAAAAAUGUUUUCAAUCGACCAGAAAAUGUGAUAUAGUUGAAAUAGCUAGUACGGAUUUUUAAGUCACCACAGCUAAAUUUUUUAACAACCUUCCGCUGUUCAGUCUUACAGUGUAGUAGCAUCCUUUUCACUGUUCAGGCUGUGAUGUCAGCUGCAAAAGAUCCGUAACCUACACAUCAAAUAUGGCUGCCACCUAAAAGCUGCACCUUCAAAAUAAAACUGAGAAAACACUCAAAAAAGCAAGAUUAUUUAAAAUUUGUCAUAAUGAGAUUUUUUUUUUUUUUUAAUCGAGCUGCCACUACCUUUUUCUUAGAUACUAACUUAAAAAAAAUAGCAACUAUUAUUAUUUAGCUGUCUUUACUUUAAAAUCAAGGUUUCUUUGGCAGAGCACUGGGGGCUGUAAGCUCACUAGCUGUCUGUAAUGUCUAUCCUUCAUCCAUUUAUGUCGUUACAAGCAGGUGGAAGUGACAUGAAACUAAGAAAGUAGACUGCUGGGAAUUUGAAAGUCCAUCUUGUUGUUGGCAUUCAUAGUUAGGACUGAUAAACAAGAAUCUAGCAGGUUAAAGAAUAAAGCGAUUCGUGCAGGUUUUUAUUAUGGUUCUGGAGUGAAGUAAAGGAAUGAUUAUUUUAGCUUCAUGUUGAUCAGUUAAAACCAUUUUCAUGUUUUAAAGAAAGUGAGAUAUAUAGAUUGAAACCAAUUCUAUAUCGUCAUUUUAUAUCUUAAAAUGGAGCUUAGAAGCAGUCAGCCUAGCUUAGCAUAACGACUGUGGAAACACCUGGUUUACACCUGUGCAAAGAUAAAACAUAUAUACAGUACUGUGUUGAACUGUUAGCUAGAAAGUUUCCUUCUCCUACAGCCUUUUUGCUAAGCUAGGCUAAGUAUAUUUCCUACAAUUUCCCACUAUUUUAAAUGUUUUCUUUAGACCUAGAUUUGUUAUCAAUUUUGAUCAGUUGACCACAAAUGUCUUUAAAUCAUCAUUCACUGUACGAGCUGUAUGGCUAUCUCAGGUUGCAUUGCCCAUAUUCUUAUGUAAUUCUCAUAUAUAUAGAUAUUUUACCCCCUUUAUAGUGUUUGAAUAUUUGAUUUUUGUCUAUUUAAAAGGGUAAAUUUGAGUUUUUAUUCUGUUUAUUGUUGAUAUCAGACAUUUAAAGGGACUUUAACACCAUGCACCUUUUAACUUUGGCCCUUUUUUAUUUUUAAGUUCAGGUUUAUAAUUUAACACUCUUCUUAUUGUACCCCUCUGUUGGAUUUUAUUGUCUGGAAUCAGAUGUGUAGAGUCUCCAGGAAAUAUUUGUAAGUCUUGCUGUAAAUGAGUUGCUGUUUAUGAGCAGGUUGUAUGAAUCAACAUUAUUCUUGAUAACUACUACAUUUUAUAUUAAAGA